GACCAAAGUCGACAUUCUAAAGCGUGUCACUGCACUCAACUUGCGGUGCACUAAAUGUCGCCAUGGGUCUUAACCUGCUUCGCGGGGAAUCGCCACUAUCUGGUGGAGGCCGCUGAUGCGACACUGCAGCUAGGUGCGCUGCUGCGCCGAUUGCCAGGCGAACCUUGGACCGCGUUAUACAGCAUCUGGGCGCACCAGGACCCAUUGGUGCUGGCGGAGGCACUGGCGCUCCUUGCUGCGGCCCUAUGCUGGGUGUGGUACCUGGCAACUCACAACUGUAGCCAUGUAGACCGCAUGUGGUCCAUUCUGCCUCCCAUAUACAUAAGCAUCCUGUCACGCCGGGAGCUGGCUGUGGCAGCGGCGGCGCUGCGUGCGGCGGCAGCGGCGGCGCACUCGGGUUCUGCCUCGGGCCUUGCCUUGGGUUCGCUUUCUGGCCGUCUACUGACGGCGCUGGCCACCAGUGGAGCAGACAUGCGGCUGCUGCUGGCUUGCGCUCUAACGGCUGCAUGGGGUUGCCGCCUGACCUACAACUUCGCACGCAAGGGCGGCUACAGCCUCCGCUUCGAGGACUACCGCUGGGCAGUGGUGCGCACGCUGAUGCCCCGGGCGCUGUUUGAGGUGUUUAACCUGGUGUUUGUGGCGGCGGUGCAACACGCGCUAUGCCUGGCCAUCACCCUGCCGGCGUUCGUGGCGGCCACAGCCGCACACAAGGCAAGGCAGGCGGGCGGCACACCGGAGCCCAUGGGGGCCGGAGGCUGGGUUGGGGUGGCGGCGUUUGCGGUCCUGCUGCUGGGCGAGGUGGUGGCUGACGAGCAGCAGUGGGCGUUCCAGCGCCACAAGCACGCGCUCAUUGCGGCGGGCAAGCCACGUCGUGGCGAUUACCGGCGCGGCUUCCGCACCAGCGGCUUGUUCCGCUUCAGCCGUCACCCGGCGUUCUUUUGCGAGUACUCGCUGUGGUGGGCAGUGUAUAUGCUGUGUGCAGUGGGGCCCUCGCACUGCGGCCUGGGCUGGGCGGCGGCGGGGUCGGUGGGGCUCACCGUGCUGUUCCACGCCGGCUCGCUGUGGAUCACAGAGCGCAUCUCCGUCUCCAAGUACCCCGAGUAUGCUGCAUACCAGGCCACCACAAGCGCAUUGGUACCCUGGCUGCCGGGGAAGCCCCUGCCAGAGCCCAGGGAUGACUAAGCCGGGAGCUCGCGCCGGCGCGCAUGCCCACGCAAUAGUGUAAGGUGGCGUGGGGGAUUGAUAGUUGAUGCUGAUUGACAAUUGUUGCUGGCAUGUGCUGGUGGCCCCAGCAGACUGCUGUAUAGUUAUGGGUACUGUUGCCUAUGAUAUGUAUUACAGUGUUGGAGCUGUUGCUUUGUUGAGGACAGCCGGUUCGCUGGCACCACGGCGUGCACGUGCUGGAGUUGGACUUGCAAUUGUGUGGAGAGGUUGACAGAAACCAGGUACAAUCGUUGUGCCAAGUGCAGUGUAAUAGAUGCGUUCUCGAAAUGUAAUUUUCCUAACGGUAAUGGGAAUGGGAAAAUUCGGGCGGAGCGAGAAGUGCCUUCGCGCGUCCAUGGACAAUUGACUUUCGCGAGGUCGCGAGGUCGCAAGGAAAGCAGCCCUGUCACGCGGAUUCCACAAAGGAAGAGUUGCCAACUUCAAACUUUAAAGCCGUAGCACAGGCCAAACAAUUCGUGAAGUCCGCCCAUGUUCGGAGCAGAGGGGGCGGGCAAGGCCACGUGGAGGAGGACAGCGCGGCGCCGCCUUCAAAGCGGCGCCGGCGCGCAGGUUGAGACCUGCCGGUGUUGUCUGGUUAGCGACCUGUGCUGAUGAGCAUGGCGUAGCGGGCAGUCGGCUGCAGCGGCAGGGGUGUUGAGAGGUGGAGGUUUUCCUUGCUGUCUGGUUGCCUGCUGCCUGCUGCACUAGUGCUUGAUAGCUGGGCGCGACUGGGCACAUAUGGCGGGCGGUGCCUGCACAAACCGACCCCGGCUGAUGUCCGGGAGAUGAGGCUAGUGUCGGAACCUUCGGCCUCAGAUGGAGGACGUGGCGUGGGCUCAGCCCUCUUUUCCCUUGCGAGG